AUGUUUGGAGCAAACACUGGCGGUGGUCUUUUCGGACAGAACAGUGGUGGUGGAGGACUGUUUGGCCAGAACAGUGGCGGUGGGCUGUUCGGUGGCCAGGCACCAGGGGGGAGUCCCUUCGGCCAGAAUUCUGGUGGUGGACUCUUCGGUGGUCAGCCAAACUCUGGUGGCGGCCUUUUUGGGCAAAACACAGGCGGCGGAUUCGGUUUCGGCCAGUCUCAGGGAGGCGGUCUCUUUGGUCAGCCAAGCAGUGGAGGUGGCCUCUUUGGCCAGCCUUCCUCUGGAGGCGGACUCUUCGGUGGUGGUGGCGGCUUUGGACAGUCCUCUGGUGGGGGCUUAUUUGGUCAGCCGCAAGCAGGAGGGAUGUUCGGACAAAGUUCUGGUGGCGGCUUGUUCGGCCAACCGAACACUGGCGGCGGGCUCUUUGGGCAGCCUGCCCAGGGUGGCCUCUUUGGCGGAGGAGGCGGAUUUGGUGGUGCAGUGUCAGGCACCACUACGAAGAUGCAGGAAAUCAUCGACCAGGAGACCAAACUGAAGUACGCCCACAUAGGUGUGAUGGACUGCUACAAGAACAAAUCCUUCGAGGAGCUGCGCAUGGAAGACUACCAAGCCAACCGGCUUCAAGCUGGUCAAGGUGCUCCUGCUGCCGGUGGCAUGGGUGGCGGCGCUACAAGCCCUUUCGGUGCGUCGUCUGGGGGCGGUCUCUUUGGGCAGAACACUGGAGGUGGCUUGUUUGGACAGAACACUGGUGGUGGUGGACUAUUUGGCCAGAACACCGGUGGCGGGCUAUUUGGACAAAACACCGGUGGUGGGGGCCUAUUUGGUGCCAACACAGGCGGAGGCAUGUUUGGAGGAGGCAACACAGGAGGCAUGUUCGGGCAAAACACUGGCGGAGGUUUGUUCGGCCAGAACACCGGGGGCGGCCUGUUCGGGCAGUCUAGUGGUGGCGGUCUCUUUGGUGCUAACACUGGGGGAGGCUUAUUCGGUCAGAGCACUGGUGGCGGCAUGUUCGGCCAGAACACUGGCGGGGGCUUGUUCGGACAAAACACAGGCGGUGGCUUGUUCGGUCAGCCAAACUCUGGUGGUGGCCUUUUUGGACAAAACACUGGUGGCGGGAUGUUUGGCCAGAGUGCGGGCGGGGGUCUCUUCGGUGGCAACACAGGGGGUGGUCUCUUCGGCGCAAACUCGGGUGGCGGCGGCCUCUUCGGGAAGCCAAGCAGCGGAGGAGGCCUGUUUGGAGCAAAUAGUGGUGGAGGCCUCUUCGGUGGCAACAGUGGUGGCGGGCUUUUUGGUGCCAACACUGGCGGUAGCAUGUUUAGCCAAAAUACUGGAGGCGGACUCUUUGGUGGCAAUGCCGGUGGCGGCUUGUUCGGCCAAAACACAGGUGCAGGUCUGUUUGGUGCGAACUCCGGUAGCGGCAUGUUUGGUCAGAACACGGGCGGUGGCUUGUUCGGCAACACUGGCGGUGGCUUGUUUGGUCAAAGCAGUGGUGGUGGUCUUUUCGGGGGUGGCAACACCGGAGGUGGCUUGUUUGGCAACACUGGUGGUGGCUUGUUUGGCAACACCGUUGGAGGGCUGUUUGGAAACAGCGGCGGUGGAGGACUCUUCGGUGCCAAGAGCAGCGGCGGAGGCUUGUUUGGCGCAAGCUCACAAGGCAGCUUAUUUGGUGCCAAUACAGGAGGCGGCCUUUUCGGAGGCAGUGGAGGUGGCCUUUUCGGAGCGAACUCAGGCGGAGGAUUGUUUGGAGCAAACUCAUUGUUCGGAGCAAACUCCGGAGGUGGCCUUUUUGGAGCCAACAGUGGUGGCGGUCUCUUUGGUGCGGCUCCUGCAGGUGGAAGCCUUUUUGGCGCUCAACCUCAGAUGGGCAUGGGUGGUGCCAUGUCCCCUGUGGAUCCUUAUGGCUUGAAUGGCCUGGUUACCAACCAAGCUCCACCGCGACCCCUGGGCUUGACGAUGCCCAAGACACCUUCCAAAGCCACCUCCGCUUAUCUCUGGAAGUCACAGCCAGAGUCGGCUGCCCGAGUCAAGCCCUCCACACCGUCGCGCUCCGCUUCAGAGGGCUCGUUUGCAGAGCGGUCGCCACGAAGCGGCGCUUUCAGCCUGCCACCAUCAGCAGUGACUGAGCAGUUCCGCUCCUAUGGCUCAACACCACGCAGCAGACCGCAAACACCAACGAGCGGUCCAGACGUGUCGCCCUCCGCCUUCUUGCGCGUGUCGAUGAAGUCGCCCCGCUCACCUGUUCCAUCACCCCGGCGUGCCCCCGCAGAUGAAACGCUGCCACCUCUGAGGAAGCCGCGUGAAGCGCAGCCACCGAUCUCUUCUGUCCAAAUGGAUGGCACGACGGGUGGCACCGGAACGCCAACCAUGCCUGAGGAGAUGAGCACGCCUACUCUGAAACCGAUCAAGCCGAACAUCAUUCGACAUGGUCCAGAGAGGUUAGAGCAGGAGACUCCCAAGAAUGCAACCCCAGCGGCUGCUUCGCUUGUGCCGCGCCUGACACGCCAAGACUAUUACAGCAGCCCCUCCGUGGAAGCAAUGUCGCGAAUGACAGAGGCUCAGCUCAGCAAGAUUGACAACCUGGAGAUCGGGCGGUAUGGAUUCGGUUCCGUCAAGUGGCCAGGCUUGACGGACGUCCGGUGCCACGACUUCGACCGGGAUGUCCGGAUAGAGCGCGGAAGUCUAACUCUGUAUCCAGAAAGGGAAAAGCCUGAUGUGGGUCAAGGCCUGAACAAGGAGGCUGUGGUGACCCUGCAUGUCAAGCCGACCAGGAACGAUGUGAAGCCCAAGAGCUUGGAUCUUCUUCAAUCCCGAUUGUCGAAGCUCUCCGAGGAGUUUGGCGGCAAGUUCAUCUCCUAUGAUAUGGAGAAGUGGAUCUUCCGAGUACCCCAUUUUAAUCGCUGA